UUUAAUUACGAUUUUAAAAUUUAUUUUAAUUAAUUUUCAACGUUUUAUUUUAUUUAUAAUUAUAUAUCGAAACGAAUAAAAUUAUUAUUUUUUAUUUCUUUCGAUCAUGCGCAAUAGAAAUGUCUUGUGAGUUAUGAAAUGUAAGAAAGUCUUAUUACGCGAAAAUGAUAUAUUUGUGAUUUUUAAAAAAGAAAUCAAAAUGUCUGAUUGUUCAGAAGAGUCAAAAUCCAGAAUGAUGGAUUUCACCCGUUCUCGUUAUGCAGGAACGGGUGAUAAGCCACCUUACAAGAAUGUUCACCAUACUCAAAAAGCUUUUGAAGUUAUGAGUAUAUUGAGGAAGCAGAACUUGCUUUGUGAUGUUACAUUGGUUGCGGACAGUGCUGAAAUACCAGCACACAAAAUGGUACUCGCUUCGUGUAGUCCUUAUUUUUAUGCCAUGUUUACGGGAUUUACUGAGAGCAAGGCAGAUAAAAUUACUAUUCAGGGUGUCGACGGCCAGGCUUUGCAGCUGCUUAUUGACUAUGUGUAUUCUGCAGAAAUACAAGUCACCGAAGAUAAUGUACAGGUUUUGUUGCCAGCAGCCAAUUUACUGCAGUUAACGGAUGUACGUGAUGCAUGUUGUGAUUUCUUGCAAGCGCAGCUCCAUCCUUCUAACUGUCUUGGAAUACGUGCAUUUGCUGAUUUACACAGUUGUCUAGAAUUGCUGAGUUAUGCUGAAGCUUACACAGAGCAACACUUUGUAGAGGUUGUGGAAAGUGAAGAAUUUUUAGCUCUCUCACCUGCUCAGGUUUGCAAAUUAAUCUCUAGUGACAGGUUAGCUGUGCCUUCUGAGGAAAAGGUGUUUGAAGCAGUGAUGGCAUGGGUAAAUCAUGAUUUGGAUAAUCGGCAAGAAGAUCUAGCACAGCUAAUGGAAAAUGUUCGACUUCCUUUAUUAUCUCAGGAAUAUUUAGUACAAAGAGUAGAAGAGGAACCUUUGUUGAAAUCAAAUCAUUUAUGUAAAGAUUAUCUUAUAGAGGCUAUGAAGUAUCAUUUAUUGAAAGGAGAACAAAAGUUAAUGUAUAAAACGCCACGUACUAAACCUAGAACUCCUAUUGGUAGGCCCAAAAUUUUACUGGUUGUUGGUGGACAAGCACCUAAAGCAAUAAGGAGUGUCGAGUGUUACGAUUUUAAGGAUGAAAGGUGGUAUCAAUUAGCCGAACUACCCACUAGGCGGUGUCGUGCAGGUCUUGCCGUUUUAAAUGGCUUUAUCUAUGCUGUAGGUGGCUUUAAUGGAUCUCUUCGUGUAAGAACUGUAGAUAUGUAUGAUCCUUUUAGAGAUCAGUGGUCACAAGCACCUAGCAUGGAAGCUCGGAGGAGUACAUUAGGUGUUGCCGUACUUAAUAAUCUGAUUUAUGCAGUUGGUGGUUUUGAUGGAUCAACUGGUCUUAAUAGUGCAGAAAUGUUUGAUAUGAGAACGGGUGAAUGGAGAAUGAUAGCACCGAUGAGCACCAGGAGAAGUAGUGUCGGUGUAGGAGUCUUAAAUGGAUUUUUGUAUGCUGUUGGAGGAUAUGAUGGUGCAUCUCGGCAAUGUUUGAGUUCUGUUGAAUGUUACAAUUCUGAAACUGACACUUGGAGUCUCAUAGCAGAAAUGUCUGCCCGUAGAAGUGGUGCAGGUGUUGGUGUUCUUGACAGUCUUCUGUAUGCAGUAGGUGGUCAUGAUGGACCAUUAGUGAGAAAAAGUGUAGAAUGCUAUAAUCCAGAAACUAAUUGUUGGACUCCUGUUGCUGACAUGGUCAUGUGCAGAAGAAAUGCUGGUGUUAUUGCAAUGGAUGGUCUGCUAUACGUGGUCGGAGGAGACGACGGUUCCUCAAAUUUGGCGUCCGUGGAAGUGUACAAUCCCAAGUACGACUCCUGGACCAUGCUGUCAUCUUUCAUGACCAUCGGAAGGAGUUAUGCAGGAGUCUCAGUCAUCGACAAACCGCUCUGAGCCGAAAUGGCUCUCAAGCGAUGCUGGUAAGACAGAAUUGCCAGGCAUUAAUUUGGCAAGUUUUGUUUGUCUCCAUUUUGUAGAUUUUACAAAGUGCUACUUUUUGAAAAGUAAAAGCGAAGGCACCAGAUUUUAUUGGGAACAAUUUUAUAUAUUUAAUUUAUUGCAAUUUCAUACUUUAAAUGAAAAAUAAAUAAAUAAAUAUUCAUUUUAUGUACAGUGACAUUUUGAUAAACAUUCAAUUUCAGUUUCCCAAACAUAUAUUGUGAUACAUAUUUCAGAAACCUUAAUGAAUAGCUCUUAAACUGGGACACAGAAUCAAAAAGUAAAACAAAAAAGUGUCUUGUGGAUUUUUUUGUUUUGAUUUUGUAUUUCUAGUCUGUUGUAUUUUUGAUAGCAUCAUUUGUAAAAAAAACAAAGCAACAAAAUUUAGUUGAUAGAAAUGUGAUAUGUAUAUAAACUCAGUGAUAACUUUAUAGUUAGUUUACAUAAAAUAAUUAUUUAAUUGCAUUUAAAUAAAUU